CCAGACGCCAAAUUAAACAAAUAAAAACAUGAUCAAAUAGUAUCCUUCCUUCCUGUUAAAAGAGAAUUUACACAGGAAAAAACAGACAAUUUGGUGUCCAACCUUGUUUGGUCCACUCCAUUACAAAAAAAUAUAUUCAUCGAAGAUAUUCCUUAUACUAUCGAUCCGUUUAAUAUGUCCCUACAUGAUGAUAACUUCCUGUCAUGAUCCAACGAUUGAGAUCUUAUACAGCUGACCCAUGACGAUUUUAUUAGAAAAUGUAUUUUUUCAUUAGGUGGUACAGAGAAGCCAUCAUCAAGAAACCAAAAUUCAAGGACUGAUUAGAGAGAGAGAGAGAAAGAAGAAAAUAUGAUGUCCUGAAUGAAUGAAUGGAUGAAUUCUAAUGAGAUUGGGGCAUUUCAAUGAAGAGUAAAAGAAGAAGAAGAAUUCAACAAAAUAUUCAUCAAUGGGUUCUUCAGAAGACAAUCUGAAAGGUUUUAUUUUGGCUCUUUCAUCAAGUGUGUUUAUUGGAGCAAGUUUUAUUAUUAAGAAGAAAGGUCUUAGAAGAGCUGCUGCGGCAACUGGGGUCAGAGCUGGAGUUGGUGGCCAUGCUUAUUUGUUAGAGCCACUAUGGUGGGCAGGCAUGAUUACUAUGAUCAUUGGAGAAGUUGCCAACUUUGUUGCCUAUGCAUUUGCCCCAGCAGUACUUGUUACCCCUCUUGGCGCAUUAAGUAUCAUAGUCAGUGCUGUGUUGGCGCACUUCAUUUUACAAGAGAAGUUGCACAAACUAGCAAUUUUGGUCUGUGUAAUGUGCAUCUGCGGGUCAAUCAUAAUUGUGACCCAUGCUCCACAAGAGCAUCCAAUCACAUCUGUAAUUGAAAUAUGGAAUAUGGCAACUCAAACAGCUUUUUUGCUUUAUGUGGCAUCGGUUAUUGUGUUGGUCUUUAUUCUGGUCUUCCAUUUUGCUCCACAAUGUGGCCAUACAAACGUGUUGGUUUUCACGGGAAUUUGUUCACUGAUGGGUUCCCUCUCGGUCAUGAGUGUUAAAGCCCUAGGAACAUCUCUGAAGCUUACUUUUGAGGGUAACAAUCAGCUCAUCUACCCAGAGACAUGGUUCUUUUUGUUGGUAGUUGUUACUUGUGUUGUCACCCAAAUGAAUUAUCUCAAUAAGGCGCUUGACACCUUCAACACAGCGGUUGUUUCACCUAUGUAUUACGUCAUGUUCACCACACUUACAAUCCUUGCGAGUGUCAUAAUGUUCAAGGAUUGGGAUGGACAAAGUGGGGGAGACAUUAUAUCCGAGAUAUGUGGCUUCAUUGUUGUGCUCUCAGGAACCAUUUUAUUGCAUGUCACCAAAGACUUCGAAAAAUCACCUUCCUUCAGAGGAAAUUAUGUGCCAGUAUCCCCAACAUUAUCAACCCAACUGCGUGGUGGAAAUGGGGAACUACUAUCAAAUGACGAGGAAGAUCCAUCAUCUCCUGAAGAACUCCGCCUAAGGCAAGAGCUAUACUAACCAAAUUCUUUCUGAAAAACACUCCUUUACCAACGCUAAAGGUUGUUACAGCGAAACAUGGGAAGUAAAAAUUUCAGAGAACUCCUGAAGGCCAAUUUAAGUCUGUUAAAUACGAGUUGAGUUUGUAAAGAAUCGUAGAAUAACAGAGCCAAAUUGGUUUUUCGACUGCAGUAUCUUGUAAGGUUCUUCACCAAGAUGCUAGUCUGACACAUACAACGGUAUACUUUUCCUGGUUGCUGAUUCUUUUUUUUUUUUUUGGAUGGUUUGGCUAGAUAUUUUUGAGUUCAUAAUUUUGGAGGCAAAAUGGCUUUAAUGGUGCAUGGGGAAACUAGAUUCCAGGGUGUACAGGAGUUACGAAAAAUAGUGAAUACAUUUGUGUAGAAGAUUGGGUUGAAUGGGUGGCUGUAUAUGUAAAAAGAAAGAUAUGUAAGCAUAUUCAUUGCCAUAACAGUCAUCUAAAAUGAUGAAACACCUUUUUUCCAAAUUGGAUUGAUUGAUUUUGUAUAGAUAAAACAAAUUAUGCAUGUCAGGUUUUAUUAUCACAGAAAAUUGCUUUCUUACGCUGUC